UAUGCCAGGGGUCGCUGCCCCAAUUAACCGUCGCUAAUGUGGUGUGGAGAGUCUUUAUAUAGGGGUCGUAUCCUAUAGGCAGGAUUAGCGGCGCGCCGUCUUCCUCUACAUCGCAAUCGACUAUGUCGGCGGCGGGAGAGGGUUUAGCGGAUUUUGCACGCGGGAACACGGAAGAAAAGGCGGAAUGGAUCGCGGAAGGGAAGGUGGAAGGGGUGACGGAGGGGAAGGCGGAAGAGGAAGCGGAGGGGAAGAGCUCUAUUGCGGCGGACGCCCGAAGGAAGGGGACUGGCGGAGGCGGAAAGCAGGGGGAAGGGGGAGUGGAAAAGAAGCCUCAAUCGCCCAAUGGAUUGCACCAGGGUGCCUAGAGCCAGAGCCAGAGCCAGAGCCAGAGCGUGACGCGCCCUGCUGCUGUCAGGCGUGCAGGUCUUGCAGGAGGCUGAAAGGAGUCUAGGUUUGAAGCGCUUUGAGCCAGAGCGCUUCAAAACUACGCAGGAGGCGCUGGCUCAAGGCGGCCCUGCACUGCCUUUGAACGCCUCUCAUUGUGCAGCAGCCAGCCCAACUCUCUGUGU